ACACUAUUGGAGCUUAUUAUUAUUGUUGCUCUCACUUUUAUCCAAGACCUUACCGACUACCCUCAAGCCUCAUCGACGCUCUACCACAACGAAUCGACAUCGCCGCGGACCUGUCACUCUCCGAGGAACAACCAGGAGCUCCGUCACAAAAAAUCAAAAAAUGACGGAGAAUUUGGCCGCCACAGUACUGGGCGCACUGUUCGUCGCCGCGGGUUUUAGAGCCCCUCGCCCCGCGCAGCCCCCCCCUGCCCAACGAGACAACACACAAGUGGAGACCAAGAACACCGCCAAGCGUCCCGCACCCGGCCCUGCAGAGCCCACCCGGCCCCGGACCAAGGUCGCCCGCCAAGCCCAGGAACCACAUCCAGACCCAGGAGCCCCUUCGAGGAAUGAACAAGCGGUCCCAGAAGGAAUAAGGGCACGCGCGCAGACACUGCUUGGCCAGGUGCCCUUGGACGCUAACCCCAUGAUCGGCGAUCUAGCUCUGGCGUUGGCAAGCCAGGCGCACAAGGCGCGAGCUAGCAGCACAGUCGCCCAGUACAAAGAGCCAUGGCAGGAGUUCCUAGAUUGGGCAGAGCUACUACACAUUCGGGCGAGCGACAUUUACGACAUCAGGCCAGAGAUAGUGGCCAUGUACCUGAUGCACGUCUACCAAACCGCGCAAGCGGAUGAAGUAGGUCCGGGUCGCGUCGCGNGAGCGAGCGCUGCUAUUGCCUGCCAUUUCUUUCUCGCGGGCCGCCCCUCACCUACGGAGCACCCAGCAUGCAACCUCGUUCGGGACCUGGGCAGCGCUGCGCGCGCUCAGACCGCGCCGUGUGGCGCUAGACCGCGCUUCGGCGCACACGCGCCCUGGCGCUCCGAGAGCAGCAAUUAGUACUCUGCAGUAGUGUAAGGCCCUUGGCAGCCCCGGUUUCGCCUCGCCCUGUCCUAUCCGACACCCCGAACGCAACCGUACAGCAAGCCAUGAAGGCUAUAGGACAUAA